AGUGAUAAUAUUGAUUUUCGCAUUUUCUUAUUUACGACGAAACCUUCUGAAAGCGAGGAGAAAGAAAAACAAGAAAUAACAAUGGCGGAAGUUCUUAGUUGCCAAACCCUUGACCAAUUUAAGCAGAAUCUUGAGGAUGGAAACUCUAAGAAAUUGACUGUGAUUGAUUUCACUGCAACAUGGUGUGCACCGUGUCGUUUCAUGGCACCAAUUCUGUCUGAAUUUGCCAACAAGUAUGAAGAUGUGUUGUUUCUCAAGGUUGAUGUUGAUGAGCUGAAGACUGUUGCUGAGGAUUUCAAAGUAGACUCCAUGCCGACUUUUGUUUUCCUGAAACAAGGAAAAGUAGUUGACAGAUUCGUAGGUGCGAAUAAAGAGUCCCUUCUGAAACUCGUUACUGAGCAUUCUGGUCGAAGUUUGCCUGAAGUUGAUCCUACACCAUCCACUUAAUGAAGUUAUCAUUGAACUAUUUGCUUUGUGAUGUUAAAUUCUGCUUAAUGGUAUAAUAUAUCUUUAUGAUUGUAUGAUUCAGCUUUGGGUUUAUGGUUUUUAAGAUAACAGAUAAUUCUCGUGGAGUCGGGGUGGGUAUGUUUACCUAGAUGAGUUGAUUGUGUGAUCUAAAUUUAUAAUGUGACAAUUAAAUCCGAAUAGAAGUAGUAUUCUUUACUCUGUAGUCUGUACAGUGUAUUUGGGGUCUUUCUAUCUGUUGUUCAAACGGUAGUAUUUUUACCAAUUUACUAACUGAAUGAGCAGUUUGAUGUUAAAGAUUCUUA